UUUCCGCGCGCUUCUUUAAUUUCUGGCCCUCCUUUCUCUCUUUGCCGCCGCAAGACCAUAACACAGAUUCAGCUCUAGACUCUAGUUCCACAGCAGUACAGCAUCCCACCUCUCUCAGUCUCUGAAUCUCCUUGCAAAUCUGAACUCCGGCUCAUUCACUCCGACUCCGUUCCAACGACGUUAAGGCUGAACAAAGCCGGACUUGGCUCCGAAUCUCUGUUGCUGUUGGAGCCCGGAUCCAACUUUGACUCUGUCCUUAUAAUUCGAAUUAUACGGAGUUUUGGGCUGUCGAAGGGAGCUUGGGCCCGAUGUUGGCAGACGGAUGCGUUUCACGGGGAUGGAUUUCUCUAGGGGGACGGUUGCUGGAAAGUUGGCUAAUUAGUUACGAAGAGGCAAAAUGGGGUCAAUUUGGGACGCGUUGCUGAAGGCCAUUUUGUACUCUGUGAAUCCUUGUGAUAGAAGAGAGCAGUUACGUUUCAAGCCCAGCCAUUCUGUGUGCAUUUCCAGGUCGAGGAGGGCAAAACUUGAACAUUAUUUUGUAAUGGAAGCAGAUGGAGCUGGGAGUGACGUGGAAAGAGAAGACGAAUCAGUGAUUGAGCUCUUGAGAGAUCGAUUUCGCCUCUUAACCAUCUCUAUCGCUGAGGCCCAAGCAAAGAGAAAUGACCUGGAAAUAUCUCUACCUAUUGCGGCUUGCAUUGCCGAUUUGGCCUUCAAAUACACAGAGCAGCUGGCAAAGGACCUUGAGCUAUUUGCACAACACGCGAGUCGUAAAUCUAUAAACAUGGAAGAUGUCAUACUUUCUGCGCAUAGAAAUGAACAUCUAGCCACCUCUUUGAGGUCUUUCGGCACUGAUCUGAAAUCUAAAGAAGCCCAAUCUGAGAGGAAGCGAAAGAAGCCGUCAAGAAAAGAGGACAAAGCAACUACCAGUGUAGUUCAUAUUCCUGAUAAUUGAAGCAUCCUUUGACCUGACGUACUACUGCCUAGAUCUCGCAAACGCUUUCCUUAUAUCAGCAAAGCUGCAAUCUUUCUCUGGGUUAUGGUGUCAAACAACUUCUGCAUCAUGUAAAUUACUUGCAGUUCCUGAUUAAAUGCAUAUGAUACCUUAGCUUGAAGUUUAAAGGCAAUUAGGUUAAAUACAAUAAUCAUUCUCUGUAGUGUUCUUUGCUAUCACACAUGUAGGGCUGUGUUCAAGUUGAGUUUGGGUGAGUUGAGGCUGUUCGAGUUCCUCUCAAAUAUCUCAAAAAUUGGCUCGAGUUCAGCUUGUAU